CUCGUUACCGCCCGUUUGGGGUAGCGGGGACUCGGUUGGCCUUAGCGGUAACGGGGGCUGGUGAUGAGCUAAAUGAGCCGCCCGCCUGCCUUGAUGCUUCCAGGAGGAGAGGGAGAGCCCCCAGCCCGGGCCUGUCUCCGGAGGGUCCCGCCGUUGGGGGCUUCUGCUCGGCAUCGCUGCUGUGCCACUAACCCACUCCAUCACCCGCUCCCAGCCUCUCUGGAGCCUGAACCACUGAGCCGGGACGCAGCCCUGGCCCCCCUUUCCCCCUCGCUUUAAGCCCGUCUUUUCCUGGAAGCGGCCCGGCGAGCGGCCGGCCGCCUCAUUUAGCUCGUUACUGGCGAUGGGGAUGCGCACAAAGCAGAUGUUGCUGCUGCAGAUUAAAAAGCUCUCAGGGCGGCCGCCCUCGUUCCCGUUAAUGCUUUCCCAGAAGUCCUGGCCCGCGGCCCCGCCGGCUGCGAACGGGCGCUAAUGAGCUGUGCUGGGGCUCCGUGCGGGGGCUGCGGGCAGCGGGGACCCGCGGCUGGGGCUGCGUGGGACACUGGCACCCACCCGGGCCUCGGCGAUGGAAAGGGCUGCCGAGCCUGCCUCUCACCCCGGAUGAGGCUGUCCGGGCAUGUGGGGGGUGCAGGAGGCACCCAGGUGCUGUGGCAGGGGAUGCUGAGCGGGUGUUGUGCACUGGGGGACCCAGGUGGGUGCCGAGUGUUUCCAGCAGCCACGAGCAGCUGGAGAAAAUGACACACGGCAGAUGAACUCCUCACUGGUGCCUGCUCAGCCUGUCCCUUCAAUGCAGCAGGAAUCAGGUCGUGCCAGGACAGGGGAUGUAAGAGCAGAGGGAGCGUGCCAAGAGCCCCAGAGGUGGUGCUGCAGCCAGGAGCAGUGUCUCACGCUCUGCUGAGGAUGUAGUGGGAGGCCUGAGGGGUCCUCCCAGUCUAGGAAGAACCUGGUGAGGGCAGAGAAGAACCUGGGCUGUCAGCCUUCCCUGCUGGGAAUGUCAGAGCCUGCUGAACCCUUCCUGUUAUGUCUUAUUCCCCCAAUUCCUCGUAGGGCUGAAGCCACUCAAGGCCACAAGUGCUCCCCAAAGGAGCCUGGCUCUGGGGGGAUGCAGGUUUUCCAAAUAAGACAUGAGUAAGAGAUGCAGUUAGCACAGGUAGAAGGCUGGAGAAUCUGCAGAUGGUAUGUGGUCAGGAGCUGGAGGACUUCUGGAGGCUCUGCACUAUCAGUGGAUGCUUGACAGAAGAUACAGAUAGGCAACAUUCCCUCUGAAAAGCAGUCAAGCUUGGCAUGGUUUUGGUGAGGAGAUUGUAGCCCCGUUAUUUCUGUAUUUGGGAACUAGGAGAUGUACUCAGGUUUGGUGCUGGAAAGGGAAGUGGGCCGCAAGGACAGUGGGGAUCACUUCCAAAAACCCUGGGAGUUUGGAGCUAACAGGGAUCUGUUCCUUCCCGCAGCUGUGGAAGUCACAAAGCAGGAGUCCCCCCCUCCCAUGCAUCACCCCACUGGCUGCCUCUCUAUCCAGACAAAGCCCGUUUUCCAGAGACUCCCACCUACCUGGUAGUUAGCAAAGUCAUGUGGCUACAGCACUUAAUUAAUGAAAAGCUGAUAUAAAUCCCAGUAAACAUGUGGGGAGGAGGACACUGAGGCAGCGAGCGGUAGCGGAGCUUCCAGCGAGCUCAGCGGAGCAGCGGACAGCAAUUCCCCUCUGCUGGGAGAGGUCAGUGCUCACCACGGGAAGGGGCUCGGGAGCAUGCGGGAUGUGAUGCCCACGGCUGUGGGGCUCCCCACAGUGCAGAGGGAUCUCUCCCAGCAAAGAGCUGGGUGGUUUUGUGGGAUGGGGAGAUGAGGAGUGGCCAGCACUGGGCUGUUGGAGCCAGGUUUGGAACCUCAAGGCUGCCCAAGCAGCAGGCACAGGGUUUCCAAGGAUUUGGCUGACAUUUGGUGGAUACCACCUCCUGGCCCCUUUCCUUUCGCUCCCUAAGAAGUCACCUACUUUUUAGAGCCUUCAGGCCCCAAAGCCCACAGCCUGGCCCUGCAGCUUCUCCUGUCCCCCAGCUGUGUGUGCUGUGGUCCAUAUCUCUGCCCAGCACUCAGAUUCUAGUGGCACUUCCAGGCUCAGAGCCUGGCAGGAGCUGUGUCAGAUGUUUUGACCACACACUGUGCACCUCAAUGGUCUGGUGGUUGCUGUGUGUGGAGCAGAAGAACCUGAACUGACGCAAAACGGAUCAAAUCUCUGUCCAUUCUCUGCUGGACACCCCUUUCUGUGGGGAGAUCAUGAAUGUGCUCACAUGUGCAGUGCCCCACAGCACAUGACAGCCUUGGGGGCUCCUGCUCCCAGGUGUCUGUGGGCCCAAAAAAAGUCUCUCAAAUCCAAGGGAAGAAACAGGUGGGAGUGGUGGCUGUGCUGGCAGAGGCUGGCCCUCGCUGACACGGCGGGGGAGGAUGGCAGUGGAUGGGACAGGCCAGGUGCCAGCAGGUGGGCUGAUGCCGGCCAGGUCCCUCUGCAGAGUUCCCCCAGGACCAUGCUGAACGUGCUGCUGCUGUGCUGUGGGCUGCUGCAGGGCAUCCAGGCUGCCCUGGACCUCAGGACUGCUGACCUGAGCUGUGGCCAGCUGCAGAAGGCGAGCGGCGGGCUGGAGCGGGUGGACAGAGCCCGGCAGGCCAGCCUGCAGCGGAAAGGCAAGGAGGCGGCUGCGGAGCCGGCAGGAGCUCUCCCAAGGCUGGGCUUUGAGCAGAUGGCCCUGGGGGUCCAAGAAGCUGAUGGUGACCUCGUGCAGAGAGGCAGCCUGCUGGAACCACAGGCAUCAUCCACAGAACUGCAAGCCGAGGGCCGUGAGGAGCGCUCCCCGCGCCGCUGCGUGCGUCUCCUGGAGUCCUGCCUCGGCCACCAGAUCCCCUGCUGCGACCCCUGUGCCACCUGCUACUGCCGCUUCUUCAACGCCUUUUGCUACUGCAGGAAAAUCAGCACCACCUUCCCCUGCGGCAAGAACUAGCGCC